AUGAACCUGAACGACCCUUACCUUCCUCCAUCAGUAUCAUCCGAACCUACGCUGAACAUUCUCGAAGACAGUUUGGUCACUGAGAAAGCCGGAGCCUUGCUGAUUUCUCGAGAAGAACUGGCACGGACGAAAAGGCAAGACGAUGUAUCAUAUCGACGUCCACGGUGUGCAGAAGACUUCGAUGCGGAUUCGAUGAGAACCAAGCGGAGUACACUCAUGUCAAUGCACCACAGCUUCAAAGCUUAUACACCCGACGAGAAAACACUGCUUUUCAACGUCAAGGCUACCUUCACGGCCAGUAAAAGGACAAUAACAUCGAUUGAGUGUCGGCACGCCCGAGGGCCCAAAAUGGGGAUGUGCGUAUAA